AUGCUUCAGACCGGGGAUGAGGAGGUGGUGAUGGAAAGUUCCUCCAACCUACCGCUACCGGAAGCCUUUCUGAAUUUUCUCAACCAGAAUGGUUUGGAUCCUUCAAUUUAUGCUGCUACUCAAUCCAUCCCUCGCUACAUUAGAUUAAAACCAGGGUGUGAAGAUCGGAUUUCAGAAAUUGAAGCUGAAAUUAACUGUGAGCUUAGAGAAGUGUAUUGGCUGCCAAAUUUUUAUUGUCUUCCACCUGAUGUUGGAAUAGCUAGCACAAAGGCCUAUCAAGAAGGACAGGUAUACGGCAUAGAUGCUGCUUCUGGAGCUGCUGUUUCAGCUCUGGGUGUGUCACCGGGAGACCAUGUCCUUGAUCUCUGUGCAGCCCCAGGAGCUAAACUUUGUAUGAUCUUGGACCUUCUUGGCGGUUCAGGUUCUGUAACUGGUGUUGAUAUCUCUAGGCAUCGAUUAGCAGCUUCUCGAACUAUGCUUCAAAAAUACAAGCUUGGUGAAAGAUGUCGACUUUUUGUUGCUGAUGGAACAAAAUUCUCCCUUAUUCCAACGAGGGUUCUGGAAAAAUCUAAAUCAUGUAUUGAAUGUGGGAAUGCUGAGUUGGAAGAAAAUUUUGAGAUAUUCAAGGAGUGGACUUCUAAGAAACCUUGGAAAGAAAGAAAGAGGAUAGCUAAUUCUAGGAAGAAGAAUAUUACAUCUGAUAAAUCAUUACAUAUUCAAGAUCCAGAGUUGAUAUUCUACGGGCGUCAUUCUGGGGUUGCUGGUUUCAGUAAAAGUGAUGUUUACCAAGAUGUAAAGGACCAUGAGUUUUCACUGUUUGGCUAUGACAAGGUCCUUGUGGAUGCAGAAUGCACACACGAUGGUUCAAUUAAACAUAUCCAGAAAUUUGAGCAAUGGGGAUGGGAGACACUUUCACGCCGAGUACUUGAUGCUGAAAGAACUGAUGACUUGACAGCUCUUCAGUUAAAGUUGCUAACGAAUGGCUUCAAAUUACUCAAAGUAGGCGGAUCCCUUGUCUACAGCACCUGCAGCUUGACAGUUGCUCAAAAUGAAGAUGUGGUAGAGAAAUUCCUUUCGCAAAAUGCAUCUGCUGAAUUGGUGGAGAUAGAAGCGGGCAAGAAUUGGCCGUGUGGUGGAGCAAGAAUACAAAAGACACUAAGGUUUGAUCCAUUGACAUCAUCUACCAGUGGCCUUUUUAUUGCCAAGUUCAAAAAAAUAGCCAUCUGACGUUCAACUCUGGC